CGGAGGGGCGGCGCUGCCUCCCCGCACUCCCCCGCCCGGCGCCCCCGCUCCGUCUCCCGGAAGGGCGCGGGGAGCCCCACGCUCCCCCUCGGCGCGGCGGCGGCUGGGGUGCGAUGCCGUGUUAGCCGGAGGCUGUCGGGAAGGGGAACGACUUGCCGGGGCUGCGGUGGCACCAUGGGUACCGGGCUGGGGGCGGCGGCGGCCGCGCUCCCUGCGCGCUCCGGCUGAGCCCGGCUGUGUGCCGGCGCCUUGUGGAAAUAUUUGGGAAAUAGCGCGGAGCGGUCCAGGGAGGACGAGCGGCACGGCAAUUCACCAGCUGAGAGGAGGUCGUCCGGCGGUGGUGUACAGGCAAACAAAUAUCACUUGCUGUGUCAUAGCACAUGGAUUUCAGGACCGCCUGUGAAGAGACAAAGACAGGGAUUUGUUUGCUGCAGGAUGGUAACCAGGAGCCUUUCAAAGUGCGACUGCACUUAGCCAAAGAUAUUUUGAUGAUCCAGGAGCAGGAUGUGAUCUGUGUGUCUGGUGAGCCUUUCUAUUCUGGUGAAAGAACAGUAACAAUUAGGAGACAGACUAUAGGAGGAUUUGGAUUAAGUAUAAAGGGUGGAGCAGAACAUAAUAUUCCAGUGGUCAUUUCUAAGAUUUCCAAAGAACAAAGAGCUGAGCUUUCAGGUUUGCUUUUUAUAGGAGAUGCAAUUCUACAGAUUAAUGGAAUUAAUGUGAGAAAAUGCAGGCAUGAAGAAGUGUUUGUUCGGUGGAGGAGGAAGAGGAAAGGAGAAUGGAGUCUAUAUAUUUUUCAAUAGCAUCCAGUGUUGGACUGUUCCAGCCAGAUACAUGGAUGUUUCCAGAUGGCCCACCCCAUACUUCUCAAUCACUAGUAUGGUUCAAGUCCUUCGCAACGCAGGGGAAGAAGUGACUCUGACUGUGUCCUUUCUGAAAAGAGCACCUGCUUUUCUCAAGCUGCCACUGAGUGAAGAUUGUGCAUGUGCACCCAGCGACCAAAGCAGUGGCACAUCCUCUCCCCUAUGUGACAGUGGUUUGCAUCUCAACUACCACCCCAACAACACGGAUACAUUAUCGUGUUCCUCAUGGCCAGCAUCCCCAGGACUUAGGUGGGAAAAGAGGUGGUGUGAUCUCCGACUAAUUCCACUUCUUCAUUCACGAUUUUCCCAGUACCUUCCAGGAUCAGAUUUGUGCAGGCAAAAUGCAUUCCAAGUAAUUGCUGUGGAUGGGGUUUGCAGUGGAAUAAUUCAAUGUCUUUCUGCUGAAGACUGUAUUGACUGGCUACAAGCAAUAGCAAGUAACAUUUCCAACCUCACAAAGCACAAUAUUAAAAAAAUCAACAGGAAUUUUCCCGUAAACCAGCAGAUAGUCUACAUGGGCUGGACAGAAGAACGGGAACAAGACUCCCUUCAGGAUCGAAUGUACACACCGAAGUUUCUAGCACUGAGGGGAUCUUCCCUGUAUAAAUUUACAGCACCUCCAGUCACAACCUGGGAUUGGACACGAGCUGAGAAAACGUUUUCAGUUUAUGAGAUAAUGUGCAAAAUUCUCAAGGACAGUGAUUUACUGGACCGGCGGAAACAUUGCUUCAGUGUUCAGUCUGAAUCUGGAGAAGAUCUUUACUUUUCUGUGGAACUAGAGCCUGACCUUACACUAUGGGAAAAAGCCUUCCAAACAGCAACUUUUUUAGAAGUUGAACGUAUACAGUGCAAGACAUAUGCCUGUGUUUUGGAGAGUCAUCUUAUGGGACUCACCAUUGACUUCAGCAUGGGCUUUGUCUGUUUCGAUGCUGCCACAAAGGCCGUACUUUGGAGGUACAAGUUUUCCCAGCUCAAGGGUUCUUCAGAUGAUGGGAAGAGCAAAAUCAAAUUUUUGUUCCAAAACCAAGAUACUAAACAAAUUGAAGCAAAGGAGCUGGAGUUUUCCAACCUGUUUGCAGUCCUUCAUUGUAUCCACUCAUUCUUUGCAGCCAAAGUGGCUUGUUUGGACCCUUUGUAUGUAGGCAGUCAAGCCACAGCUUCUGCUGCUCCCACAACUUCUGGUACUGGCAAAUUAAAGUAUACUACUUGACUUCUCACAUGACAGCACUGCCACUUAACAAUAAGACAUAACAAUGUAUAUUCAUAAGAUGUAGACCUUUGGUGAACCAUGUACAUGGAAACCAAUCCUGGAGGCAAGACAUCUUGCAGCAUCAGCAGAUAAAUGGUCAUGUGGGAUCAUAAAUUCAUCUCUGUUCUGCAAGACAUCAGUAUAUAAUCCUAGUCGAAACCCCAGAAUAGGAUGGAUAUGCUUUUAGUAUGAUCUGUUUGUACUUACAUAGUGCUUUAAGCAACACUGGAAGCAAGGGAAUAAAUGACGAAAUGACGCAUUUCGGUAUUUAAUAAAAUUUUCAAAUUGCUGUAAUAAUACACAAAUAGAAUUGUCAUUUUCCUGUUUUCAGAUGUUUUUUAUGACAAUAUACUAAGCUCUGAGUAUGAACUUAAUACCUUAUCAUUAUAUUAUAAAUUACAUAAGAGCAAGCAGCAAGCGUAUAGUACAUGGUGACAAGGAGAUAAGCAUGAAAAGGCAUUUAUGUAAGUAUCUCCUCAAAUAAGAAAGCACUUUAAGCACUGUUGUAAAUCCAUAUUUGUGUCCAUACAUGGAGUCAUGCUACUUUUUUCUAUUUUGUUCUUUUAGUCUAACAGUAACAGCAACAAAGAUAUAGCCAUAUUGGUCUGACUGAUAGAUUAAAAACCAAACAAGCCAAGCCACAAAAAGCAAAACACCUUUCCACGAGUAAGUCCCUCUUCUUCAAGUAAAAAUAAUGUGAUAAGAAUUUAAUUUGAAUUACAAAUUAAGUGCAAGUGCAUAAAGUAUCAUGUCUGCUAUUUACUUCCUCUUUUUUUUUUUUGUCAAGAAUUCUGUAAAUCUCAUAGUCUUUGUUCACAAUAAUUAGCUGUUGAAUUUGUUUCAGAGACAAUCCACCUGAUAUAUUGUUGCCAUGUUUAACCUUGUUUUCACAUCAUAAGUAGAACCUCUGUUCCACUCAGGCUGUCAACAAAAGAGAUAUUCUACAUUAUGCUUGAAAAAUGAGUCUGCCCUUUGAAUGCUUUAUUUUUUUAUAUAUUGUUAGUAAAAGACAGGAAUAAAUUAAAUAACCUGUAAAGAAUAUAUGACAAUGCAUAAUGUUAAGACUACUACAUCACUCUGGACCACACCACUUACUAGUUCCAGAAUAUCAUUUAAUGAUGAAAUCUGACAGAGUUGAUAAAUUUAAAAUUAGUAACUUUAUUUAAAUAUAAUUUUGCAAAAUAAUUUAAUUUUGUGCUAUUACACAAGGAAGUGAAGGUGGAAAAAUGGUGGGAGAAUGUGUGGGAUGUAGCUGAAGCAACAGAAAAGUUGAGGUAUUUCUUCUGCCAGACAUGAUAAGAGAACCUAAAAAACUGCAAGAGGAACCAUUAGUGCAGCUACAGUAUGUGCAUAAAUAUGCUUAACAUUUUAAAUAAUACUUUAUGGUGUUUCUGUUUAUUAUAUUGAAAUCAAACCUUUUUCUCUUUUUUUCUUCCCUCCUUCCCUCCUUCCCCCCAACCCCCUGUUAUGAAAGCACAUAGCAGGAAAGGGUUAUGGACACCAUCUGCCUUGUUUAACAGAAAGGCUAAUUCUGUCACAUCCCUUUCUACAUAGUAAGGUAAUUAAAACUUCAAAAGUGAAGACAGAGAAAAGCUUUUUCAAAAUGGGAACAGUUAAAAAUGCAAGGCAGGGACAAAAGAUGAAUGAACUGUGGGGGAAAAUCGUAUUUCCUUUGCUUUGCUUUGCAUUAGAAGUACUUGGAUUUACAUGUGUGAGAGUAUCCUUGUCUUGAAUUAUAGCUACUAGUUCCAAAUAAUCUGUACAUAUAUUUUCUGGGGAGUCCUUUAUCACUUUCAAAUGGCCUUCACCACAUGCUUCUUAUUAGUACACCUCCAAGGGUUACACAUUUAUUUUCCAUGCUAAAUAUUGUGGAAGGAUGUCGUAAUCCAGCUAUCAAAUGCUUUAAGUGUCACCAAAAUCCAACAUUUUCAUAGUCAUCAUUGUGUGUUUGUUUAUAUGAAUUGUCCCUAAUUGAGGGGGUCACAUCCUGGUCUCUGAAUGACACAUGAAACUACCAUGGCUGUCCAUCGGAUCUUGAGUUUGUUCCUGAGAAAGUACAAACCCCAGAUAUUUUGAAUCCAAAGCUACAACAGUCUAAGGAAUGGUAACUCAGGCACAGACCUUGUCAAGAAAAUAUAUGCUGGAAACACAGAUUUUGACAGAGCACUGACAACACUGAAAACAGAAGUCCAAUACCUGUUAGUGACAGUUCUCUGUGCUCCCAAAUCAUCUCCUUCCUUUUCUUGCAUUGCUGUGGCAUUCAGCCAUCAGAGUGUUGGCAUGUGCUAACACUUCAGUAAAUGCUGUGCUUGUAAGAACAGAAUCUAGAACUAAUCAGCUGUCAAUUGAAUGUUUUUCUUUCAACUGUUGAUGUUCAGUGCACAGUUGUGCCACUGAAAAUGAGAGAUCUUAAGGGACAUUGUUUAACGUGCUUAAAUUAACGUAACAUUUACCCAAACCAGUAUUUAUGUCGUUCCAAAGUGCUGCACGUUAAGGGAUUCUAUGAUAUGAAAGCCUCUCCCCCUGCUUUCUAAAAAAAAUGCUGCUUCUGCAGAACUGACCUAAUGACAUGAGCUUUUGGGACUUCAGCAGGGUAUCCUAAAGAUCUCUGUCGAGUACUCUGUUUGUAGAACUGCUGUAUUCAUCAAUGAGACUUUUGUAACUGGGCAUUAAAUACACCACAUGUCAGAGACAAACAUUAGCCUGUAAAUUGAUUUCCUAAACCCCUAUAUUUCAAAGAGCAAAACUGGUGGGGCUUAAUCAAUACUUUCAUAUUCAAGAAGAUAAAAGUGAUGUGAGAAUACAAAACACAAUAUCCUUGACUGCAGGUCAGCAUUGGGUUGCAAAUGCAGGAGGGGUUUGUGCACUGACUUCACAGAAUAUUCAGAGGUGACUCUGCAUCCAGGCUUGCCCUUUUAGAGAAAGUUGGUCAGAAAUUCAGUCCAAAAAGGAAAAAUUUUAAACUAUAACUAAUCCUGAAAUAGCAAAAUGUAAUUUACAAACAUAUUAAAUGACUAUAUUUUUCAUUUAAAGACCUACAGGAGAUUCCCAUUUAAACCAUACUGAACUUCAUAUGUAUAUGUAAAAACCCAGGCUUUAUGUUGCAGCCUCUCAUUUCAUACAUAAUGAAUAGAGGUAUUCUGUAAGUCAACACAGCCCAAUGACGAUGAAAACCCACAAUUAUAAUGAGCUAUUAGCUUUUGCUAAAAAUUUGAAUGCAAUUGAGAGCAAGCAAUUUAACAAACAGAGCAACCCAACCAACCCAUAUCAUAAAAUAUAAUUUGUUCUCUUUAUGUCAUGAUAUUUUUAAAUAAGUUUAAUAAAAAAAAAAAUCUCUAUAGUACUGUGCCUAUCGAAGUGAUGUCACAUAGUAUACCAAAAAUACGUACUCUUAAGUAUAACUAAAUAUAUUUGGUUUGAUUUGGUUUUUUUUAUCAUGGAAAUUUUAGAUUAUCUGACCUUCAUAGAACUAACCAUAUGCUAAGUUACAGUGUUAACAUCAUUUUAUUAUGAAAGUGUUACCAAUUUGAAUACGUUAUUCUGGAUUUCACCAGUGAAUAAAUACUUUUCAUUUCCUACAUCUGUUUAAAAAUACAGUUCUCGAUUUCCAAAAGAGCUUUGCAUACCAGUAGCAUGAAGGCACCUUUGAAAUAAAAAUGAGCGUAUUUUUAAAUAUUGGUCAUUUUAUUUUGUUAAUUAAGUGCAGCAAGAAGUUUGUGGAGACAAACUAGUUGUAAGUGGGUUAUUUUUUAAAACCAAUAAUUUGAAGUUUUAUCUAUUCAAACUAGAAUUCAUAAGAAUGCAAACCAAUAAUAUACAGUACCAAUGUGGUUUGAGAUGAAAAUGAUGAAAAAUAUUAUUUUCCAAAUAAGUCCUUGAUUCCACAAAAAUAUAUUUAUUUAUUUACUUUGUGCAUGUAGACUUUAUCAGAAUAUUUCAAAGUGGACAGUUAAACACAAGUCGGUAGGUGUCAGUACCGCAGCCUGUUACUUUAAAUGUGAUUUUGUUUAUUCAAUGCCUUAAGAUGUUUCUUACACCAAACAAAACAUUUAAAAGGCUAAAGAUCCUGUGAAUGUACAGUUUCUGCCCUUAGAAAUUCAGCAGCUUUGCUACAUAUUGUCCCAGUACCCUCAAAUAUUCCCUAUGCCAAAAAGAAAGACCAGUUUUCAUUCUACUUGGUAAAUAAAUACCAAGGAACCUUUUGGAAAAUGUAAUUUUAUUAAUAUUAAACAUUAAUCCUUUCAUUGCACUUUCCAUUUCCUUACAGAGUCUGGUCUCUGAAAAAGUGUAGUUUCUGAAAAAAGUUUAAGCUGAUUUUAAAAUGUUCAACCUCAGUCAAUUAUGAGUCCAUACCUUGGACUCACCAGUUGUGCAUGAUGGGGAACAUAAGAGAUUCACUCAAGUUCCUGAAAUUUAAAUACCUGUCUUAGAUGCCUAAGGCAGGACUUGAGGCUCUCUAAAGGGAAGUGCAAGGCAAAAAUGUAGCUUAGGAUCUCUGAGGGUGCAUGCAUAUGUGUGUGUCUCUAAGGAGCUAACGGUGCUUCUACAUUAGUGUUUUCAUUUUAUCAGGAAUGUGCUUUUGAAGCCAGGCUCCUGCCUGCUGCCACUCACUGUGCUAUUCUUUGUAUCACAGGACAGUCUCUAAGCACAUAAACUGAGUUUUUAGGGUGAAACUAGAUGAGCAUCACACUUACAUAAGUUCCAUGUCCUAAUGUGUUUUCAGACAUGUAGCCCAAGUGGAAUGAGUCCAGAGAAAAAAAUCCUCUGAGAUGCAAACAGCAAAGCUGCCAGGUUCUAGUGCCAGCCAUUUCUCUCUCCUCAGUGGCUGCUGCUGGUGCACUGUAGGUGCUCGAAAGACCUUAGAAACCUGAGCUUCACUGUGUAGCCUGCCAGAGCUUAGUGCCUGAAGGGAGAUGCUGUGGCAAGGGGCGGAGUGAAGCUGAAGAAGGCUGGUGGGGUGCCCAGGGCAGGUUAUUCUGCAUCACCUUUUUUCCUCGCCACAGGACAGUAAUGACUGCCAGCAGGCCACCCCGUGCUAGUUAGCCCUCUCUGUGCUGCAUCUUUCCCCGUCUACCACAAAUAUACACCUGAAUAUUUGUUCUGAGGUCCCAAGCACAUUUCCCUGUCCCCUCACCCCUUUUGCUCAGACAGCAAAAUUGUGCUCUCGGCUAUGUAACAGACUCUCUAAAACUCUCAAACAGCCAGGGGACAUUACUGAGGAUUAUGGCAAGGACAUCCAUGUUCCAGUAAGAGUGCUUCAGUGUGUGACUAACAUUCAGGUUAAAGCAAAUAAAGUCGUAUGUGAGCUUAAGUGCUUUCCUCAGCUGGAGGGUUCUUAAGUGCAAUUUUAGUGUUUUCCUGGAAUAAGGUCUGUAAUGUCAACACAUUUCUACUUGCUUGGCUCCAUUUUCAGGAAGUUUAGCAGAGACAACAGUUCAUAUUCUGUUAGAAUCACAGAGAAAAGCAUAGGAAGACUAGAAUUAAAAUAAACUUCUGUUUAGAUUCUGUAUAUUAUUACAGUAUAUUACAUGAUCUGUUAAAAUACAUUGAAAAACGUAAAACCUAGUCAGUUUUCACCAUGGUAUACAUGCCUUCCACUUUCAACAACUUUCUCCACAAGAAUCCCAACUAUAUAUUACAGAAACUCUUUUAUUAUUCAGUAUAUACUAAUAUAUAAUGCAUAGUGUGUAUGUGUGUAUGUGUGUGUGUGUAUGUAUAUAUUAGUAUAUACUAAUGGAAGAUACUCAGUAUAUAUUAAUGAAAGCUACAUAUUAGGCACAAAUAUAAGACAGAAGCAUAAAUCCAUGAAGCUUUACAUUUAAAAAUUGACUCUUAUAAUACUAUAAAGAAUAAUAUGUAUAUUAGUUAAAGAAAUGGCUAUUUUUGCAGGAUAUGCACAAUCUGGAUAUACCAUAAUAAACUGAUAAACAUUAAUCAAUUUACUAUUUCAUACCUCCAGGAGCUUUGAUUUUUAAAUUAUUCUUAUCCCUUUAGCAUAUUUGCAAAAUAUGUCAUAAGUUUUAAUUUGUUAUGGAUAAAAAUAACUGAAAAAUGUAAUAGAAAGUUCUAUAUAUUUUAUAAACAUUAAAAUUUAAGAAAAAACUAUUCAAAUUAUUUAUUUCAUUUUUAGUUACAGUUUUGUGGUUGUUUGUAAUAUGUAUUUGUGACAAGCAGAAGUCACCUAGUUGUUUAAGCUCAUUAAUGUACCACUAAUAAAAUGCUAUCUUCUGU